GUACCUGAUGGCAUCAUUAUUAAGCAAUCAUCCCUACCUCAUGUCCAACUGGGUGUUUUUAGCCAUGAUCGAUGGAUAAGCGAAGGAACAGAGAUGGGCCCAUUUACUGGUCGCUAUGUGUCUAAGAAUGAAAUUAAUGAAUCAACCAGGAAUGAAUUUAUGUGGGAGGUACUCAACCAAAAUGGAGAAUUAAGUCAUUUUAUCGAUGGCAGUGGUGGCAACACAACCAAUUGGAUGUGCUUUGUCAAUUGCGCACGAAAUGCAUCAGAGCAAAAUUUAAUCCUCCAUCAACAUAGUGAUGGAACGUUGUACUAUAAAGCAAUCAAGGAUAUCCCUCCAGAUCACGAGUUAUUAAUUUGGUAUGGCCCUGAAUACGCUCAAUUUCUUGGAAUUCCCGACGUCCAACAAUUUGGAAAUUGCAUGCACAACGUUCAAAAAAAUAACCAGGAAAUGCCAAUAGGACGUAUGAAAUGUACAAUAUGUUUUCGCGGCUUCAACUCUCGUAGUAACUUAAGAUCGCAUAUGAGAAUUCAUACAGCUGAAAAACCAUUCCAAUGCAAAUAUUGUCGGAAAUGCUUUUCUCAAUCAUCAACACUUCGCAACCACGUGAGACUACACACUGGCGAAAAACCCUAUAAAUGUAACGUAUGCAACUGUGCAUAUUCACAACUAGCUGGAUUAAGGGCUCAUCAGAAAAGUGCCCGACAUCGCCCG